GUACCGAAAGGGGCAUCAAAAGAGAGCGGAAGAAAAAGCGAAAAAUUCAGCAAACAGGCUGGAGUUGUGAUGGGGACCCCGUACCAAUGUUUCGGAAAUCAGCCUUGGAUCGCGUGGCUCUCGGCUCGGGUUGGUUUAGUUGGUUGGUUGAGGUGAUGGAGAUGGAGCCCGUGGGAGGUGUGUACCCCACGCUAUAUCCAUGGGGGCACGGAGGGGCCUGGAGAAAGAGCAUGGGGGUUACAAUUCUUCUUUCGGUAUCCAUGCAUUACUAUUUAUUCCCUCAUCCCGACUUGUGUUGAACCAGCCCGGGUUUGCAACCCCGUCAAAACUCCGAUGCCAGCACCUGUGGCGUUGUGCAGCUGCAAUGCACAGCAUCAUAGGUAGUGUUAGAUCGGGUCGGGAAACUCAGUUUCCCACAUUCAUGAGUCGGAUAUAUCGUAAACUAAUUUGAUGCAAUCCAUAUAAAGAUGGAUUUAUAAGCUGUGAAA